GCCCUUGUCCCGAAGCACGUCGGUGGCCGCUUUCCUGCCUUGCUCGGGUGACUCUGGCCACUCUUUAUUGCUGGAGGCUGCCGACGAAGUUUAGCUGCAGCCUCAAGCACGCCAGCUCCCUCCGGACGGCAGCAGCGGGACCAUGGAUAAGGGUCCGGUACGGGCGCUGGCGGAGAAGCCGCGGGGCGCCAGGUGCAGCAAUGGGUUUCCUGAGCCGGAGCCCGGGGCCAAGCCGCCGGUGGAGAAGUCCCCGAGGCCCGAGGCCAAGAGCGCCCAGCCAGUGGACGGCUGGAAGGACGAACGGCCCCGCAGCGUGGAGGAUAACGAGCUGAACCUCCCCAACCUGGCGGCAGCUUACUCGUCCAUCCUGCGCUCGCUGGGCGAGGACCCACAGCGCCAGGGGCUGCUCAAGACACCCUGGAGGGCGGCCACGGCCAUGCAGUUCUUCACCAAGGGCUACCAGGAGACCAUCUCCGAUGUCCUAAACGAUGCCAUAUUUGAUGAAGAUCAUGAUGAAAUGGUCAUUGUGAAGGACAUAGACAUGUUUUCCAUGUGUGAACAUCAUCUGGUGCCAUUUGUUGGGAAGGUCCAUAUUGGUUAUCUUCCCAACAAGCAAGUCCUGGGCCUCAGCAAACUUGCAAGGAUUGUAGAAAUCUAUAGCAGAAGACUACAAGUUCAAGAGCGCCUUACGAAACAAAUUGCCGUGGCAAUCACAGAAGCCUUGCGACCUGCUGGAGUCGGGGUAGUGGUUGAAGCCACACACAUGUGUAUGGUCAUGAGAGGGGUACAGAAAAUGAACAGCAAAACUGUGACCAGCACCAUGUUGGGCGUGUUCCGGGAAGAUCCAAAGACUCGGGAGGAGUUUCUGACUCUCAUUCGGAGCUGAACGGCGACGCGUGCAGGAUGAUUGGCAGGUCGCGCCGGUCACCGGUAGCAUCAUCCGUCCGGUCUUGUUUGUACAUUCCGUUUCGGUUGUUACAAACGUCGGCAUUGUUUGUUGUCACUAAUUGUAUUUAAAAAUAAUUUAUAAAAAGUCGAAUAAAAAUAACGAAUGAAGGGGUGAGCCCUCUACUGUCUUCUUGCCACCUUUUAGUGGCAACUUUAAAGUGACCUGCCAACAGUGUAAGUUACAUGCACAAAACCACUGCCAGUCAGAUAACGUGAGGGUGCUGGGAAGGGAGAGCGAUCGGGCAUUUUGUUGAAAUUGUGUAGUAGCUGGACUCAUUGCAGAGGAGCCCUGGAGCGGGAGGGGACCUUCCUCUCCUACAGAGAUGCCUAGUGCUGAGCACGCUCUCCACAGUGCGCGGCCUCGCUCUCAUGUCACUCUGAUCAUGGCUAUUAAACUACCAGUGACAUUUUAUUUUUUAUAUAUUUAUUUUUUAACUCACCAGUUGUAACAUUAGUUACGAAGAGAAGGUGGUAAAAUACCUAUAUUUUGACAUGACUAUGAGUGGAAAAGGCACAUUUCGACCUUCUCUUCUUUUUCAACUCAAGUACGGGGAAUCAGGCCCUGGAGUCCUUUAUGAGUGUAGCCCCCUGUCCACAUACAGGGAUUUAGACGUUUUACUCUCUGUGCCUUGAUGAGAACAUUAUGCCACUCAGAGUGUGGCUACUUCGGCCUUUUUAUUUUUAUUAUUAUUAUUAUUUUUUUUUAAAAAGCCAUUAUUGUAUAAGACCUAGUCCUGACACUGCAAAUAACUAGCCAUUUACCGUUUUACCUUCAGAAGUUUCAUGGGAGCUUGCGUCAUGUGUUCCUUGUUGAUGCCUCAAAACUUUUUUUUUUUUUUUUUUGAUCUUAUGAAAUAUUUUCCUAAGUCUUUCCAGAAUCUUUGGAGAGUGCUGUUCACUUUCAGGCCUGCAGAGCUAUAGCGUCCGUGAACCUGAGAACACGGAGUGGACUGAUGAUCUGCACUGUAAAUGGCAUCCAAUGUCUAACAAAAACUGUGUUGUUGCUGUCUGUGGAAACGCACUGGGGAGCCCCUGGCCUGGGUUCCCCUGGGCUCCCAUACAUAUGUCUUUCCAGUGUCAUUUGUAUUCAAGCUUAAUGACUCUUGGGUCUAAUAUUCCCUAGCAGUGGGUCUCGUCGUCAGGGCACACUAUACAGGCCGUUUAAGCAUUUUAGUCCAGGAAGCUGUUGCCUUAUCUUAAAAUCUCCUCCACUGGGGCAAUGUGGGCCACAUUAAAAUAAAAACCCCAACUCCCCCAAAAAACACACACAGUCGACCCAUGACGACGUCUCUCAUUUGGUUGAUCCAGUGCUCUGCAGAUUUAUCUCAUUAGCUUCAAAAGAACGAACUACAGUGCCUGCUUUAACUGCGGUAGUCCUGUCUCUGCCGCUGUGGUGGCGUCUGUGAGGGCCCGGGAUGGCAGAGGCAGUGUGUUUCCCUUCAUUUCUUAUUUUGAUCUUUCCCUCCUGCUAGUGUGCCCCAGCUUUUUCUGUAUUUAGAGUUUCCAGAGCACAGUGGUGGUUGAUUUUGAAUUCCUCUUUUAAUCUUACCUGGUUAUGAACAUUAGGCUGUUUAACAUCCAGAUAUUUAUAGACAGAAUUCUAGCACUCAACUCAUGUUUGGUAUUUUAAAGUAGAAACAAGUGUGACUUGGAUGGCCAAAGAACUCGUG